AUGUUGGCUCGUUCCCUCCUGCGCGUGCCCAACCGGGCCAUCGCACGCCAGUCGCUCGGCAAGUCCACGCGUGCGUCUUCCACCGCCGCCGGCGCCGAGUCCGCUAGCUCCCCCUUCUACCUCACCCUCACUGCCUCGCUCGCGACUGCCGCCGCCGCCGGUUCCGCCGCUUGGUACUACCACCUCUAUGGCCAGGAGGCCUUCGCCAUGACACCUGCUGAGGAGGGCCUGCACCCUACCCACUACCCCUGGGUUCACGAACGCUUCAACAAGACCUUCGACCACGCCGCUCUCCGCCGUGGCUUCCAGGUCUACCGUGAGGUCUGCUCCAGUUGCCACUCCCUGACCCGUGUUCCCUGGCGCUCAUUUGUCGGUGUUAUGCACACCGUCGAUGAGAUGAAGGCUAUGGCCGAAGAGAACGAGUACGACACCGAGCCCAACGACCAGGGCGAGAUCGAGAAGCGCCCCGGGAAGCUGUCGGACUACAUCCCCGCUCCCUACAAGAACGACGAGGCUGCCCGUGCCGCCAACGGCGGUGCUCUGCCCCCGGAUCUCAGCCUGAUCAUCAAGGGCCGUCACGGUGGCUGCAACUACGUGUUCAACCUGCUCACCGGCUACCCUGAUGAGCCCCCGGCGGGCGCCAAUGUUGCCGAGGGCAUGAACUUCAACCCCUACUUCCCUGGUACCGGUAUUGCUAUGGCCCGUGUCCUGUUCGACGGCGUUGUCGAGUACGAGGACGGCACCCCCGCGACCACCUCUCAGAUGGCCAAGGACGUCGUUGAGUUCCUAAACUGGUCUUCCGAGCCCGAGAUGGACGACCGCAAGAAGAUGGGUGUCAAGGCCGUCGCCCUCCUGACCGGUAUGUUCGCCAUCAGCGUCUGGGUCAAGCGCUACAAGUGGGCCCCGAUCAAGUCCCGGAAGGUCGUGUACAGCCCCCCGAUCGGCCCCCGCCGCUGA